CGGCCACCAUGUUGUUUGAUAUCUCAGUCGGCGACUUCCUUUCCAACCCGCUCACUUAUUGAGAACACCCGGUCUUAGGAUUCUGCUUUCUCCUGAAAUCCGCCUCCCUCAGGAAUGAAUUUACUCUUAACGGGAAUAUAGCAGCCAUCAAGGGAAAAUUAGCAGCAGGCCCAUUUAACAUCAAGGUAUAGUAGGAAAGAGUAACAGAUAAGGGUCAAUCCGCCACUCUGCUAGUGCCCGUAGAGUGUCUUAUCACCUACAUCAUCUCGAAACUCCGCUGUUCAGCGCGAUCUGAAUCGAGGACUGAGCUCUGUGUUGAAAAUUCUCUAGAAAGCGUUGGAAAAAUCAUUCCCCGCGCUUCCAUCCCGUUGCAGUUCCUGGCUGCUCAACGAGUCAAUGUUAGAGUAGUAGGCUUUAGACAUCGAUAUUCCAAGAAAAACGUAGAAAUAGACAUGGACUACAGCCACGAAUCCCCCUGGUACUGUUCCGAAUGCCAAGAUGGGCCUAUAGGCUAUUGGCAAGAUCUUUGCGUCAGGUGUCAGCAUCCGAGGUGUUCUUAUUGUGUAAUCGACUCCAUAGCUUUUAGCGAAACGGAGGUAUCUAUAAAAGCCCAAGCAGGCGACUCUGUUGAAGUAAUCCGUCCUCAUGAACUCAACUAUUCGCGAGACACAACAAACGAUGCUGGAACGAAUCUUAAACUGGACGAAAGUAAUUUCAAACCUGACAAUGUCAAGUUCGAUUCGGGUCUUGGUUCGAUGCCGGAUUCCUUCCAUAAGGGCAACGAAGUUGACGACGACGAAAGGUCAGUCACUUCCAUCUUGACCAAUGCCUCGCGAGUGCACCUUCCGUCUUCUGAAAAGGAGCACCUUAUUUCGGCAUUUGCAGGCGAUCUGUGUCAGGAUAUUGGCCUCCGCGGAGACAUCGUCGAUGACGCGCGCGAGCGGAUAUCAGCUUGUCUCCCCAACCUCCUAAAGGCUUUCACAUUAAGAUUAGAAGGGCGUGUCAAUUCAAAGGCAGAGCGUGAUGCGAAGGAAUUCGUGAGGCAGCAACGCAGCCAUAUUGCCUGCCAAUUUCGUAAGAGCCAGAUGCCAGCAGAGAUAUCCGAAGAUGAAUAUGUGCCUCCUAUCCUGGAGGAUGGCAUGUCGUUUGCUGAGAAGAUCUCUCGAUGGAAAACCGUCGAGCAUGCCGAUCUAGCACCGGAGUCAGAACCGGUCGACCAAAGGGUGGACGAGAUCCAAGCCCCCCCAAGAUAUCAAGAAGUCCGUUCAUUUCUCCUGGACGGUCCAGAGUAUCAAUGGUUACUUGAGAACAUUCGGUCAUCGGCAUUAUUAACUGAGAGAAAGGGAACAGUGCUAGAUGGCGUCACACGCGAGAUUGAUACCAUACUCUCAUUUAUCAAAACUCCAAAAUCACGACAAUCUCAAGUAUUUCAGAUUGAUUUCGAAAUAAACUGGGAUCUUCCAACUUUUCUAAGAGGUCAAGAAUACGACACCACAUUGGAAAUUGCAGUCGAACGUGCCAUCACCAUCACAGGAUCCACCCGCGAUGCCCAGGCACUGAGCUGCUUGGGAUAUAUGCGCCAAACGUGGCCAUCCAGUGGCCAAGAGAUUUUGCGCGUGCUGCAAAAGGCACUGAUGGCAACAAAUCUAUCAUGCUCAGGUCGCCUUGUUGAUGGAACGGAGCUCGACAUCAAGCUAAAAUCACCGAAAGCAUCUAUCAUAGCGCGUGGAGGUCAAGCUGCGCUAACAGAGCUUUGCGAACAGCUUGCUUGGCUUGGUGCUGCUCUUCGAGCCUCUCCAGUAUCAUUUGGAAUAUGUCUCACCACUCCAAUCAUCACAGUUUCCCAAGACACCCGCUCUAGGAGCCUUUCACAUUCUAUCAUGGUGCACCUUGAUUUCCAUGAUACUCCAUGUCCAGAUCAUCAUCUGUCAACUGCCAUAGAGGGCACUUGCUGGCACAAAAUGUUCCGCAAUCCAGUGGUUGUCAACGGUUUCCCAAUACUUGCUCGGGACGAGGAAUGUAGUGGACUAGAACUGCCGCUGGACAUAAUGAGUGUUCUGGCUGAAGCUCAAUUUGCCACGCGCUAUGAUGAAACGCUGAUUCUCAAAGGACCUUGUACUAUGCUUGUACCUACGCGCCGGACAGAACGUUCUAUCGCUUGGCAUUUUCUAGUCAACGAAGAUGGGGAACGUAUUCCGUACUAUUCGUUUCGAGAGCGCUGCCCGGGAUGGAUUCGCACUGAUACCGUCGAAGUUGGAAACGCUCGCAACUUCGUUGGAUGGGCAUCAAAUAUCACUAGGCAUCUCGGAACAGAUGAUAUGGAGUAUGACAAGAUUGACUGGGCUGGAGCCAGAAAAUGCUCUGCAGGAUUCUCUAUGGAGCAGAAGCUGACCAUCUCCGUCAGCAAGAUAGUUGGGGUUAGUGGGAGUGUGGUCCGAGGUAACAGGGACAAGCCAGAAUUUGUCAAGCGAUCCACCUACUCUUUACAGAUUGAAAAUGCCCGCAAGAUUUACGUCCUGCUUUACGACAAUGAAGCUCAAAAAGGGUGGUUAACGGAUGGGGCGAGUGCCUUGUUACACCUUGUGCGAACGCAGGUUGUCCGAGAACCUUACAGGCGCGCCGGUUGCCUUUUCAACGAUCCCGCUUUCAAUCACUCAAAAUUCAGGCAUCCAGAAGUCAAUGGUGGACCGGAUAUAGCUGUGCAGGUUCUGAAGGACGAUUGCAACAUGAAACAUGUGAUCUUUGAAGAGUUCGACUCAUUCGCUCCCGAAACAAUUGUGUCGCCUCGGCCUCAACAAGUGUCACCAAUGAGCAGAGACGAUACCACUGGUGUGAAAAAUCGUCCAGGGAGAGAGGCCCGUGGCUCAAGUGAGGAGAGAAAGGAAAUCUAUACGACUACAUGCUUGAAAGAAUUGGUCUCACAGACUUGGAACAUUCUAGAGCAGAUUUACGACCGCCAAGUGGAUAUUGAGACGACGCAUGAGACCAAGCAAUUAAUAAUUCCAUCUGGGGCAGCAUUAGAAGGUUACGAGUUUAUGGAUAUUGUAUCGGCAGAACACAUCUUGACUCGACGCACAGUCAAUCUCCAGGCGAAUGGGGCGGCUUGGAUAGAAUUGACGAAGCAUAUUCACGCCGUGACCCUUUUCGGCCAGAAUUUCGGAGAUAUAUACAAGCCGACAGUGACUACAAGCAGCUUGAUAUGUGCGAACUGGAAAACUGUUCCACGUGGCCAUGAUUUCCUUGCGGUCCCAAUGUCAUUGCUCCAAGAAAUCAAGCAGUCCAGCCGUAAAAAAGGCGAAGUCGACAAAACAUCUCGAGAAAUUGCAAGGGGUCUCCACUGGGAUCCAUCAAAGGAGGUGUUUAAUAGGUGUGGACUAGGCUGCAAGCACGUCUUUGCCCGCGUCCAGCAGAUUCGUCCAUCUCCACUGAACUGGGGCGAAAAUCACUUGGGAAAGGCUGACGCCUUUGGGGAAAUACAUGGCGCCGUCUUGUUUGGAAGGAGCAGUGUCCUAGACCCUAAAAAGCUGGACUCUUCCCUGAUAUCAGCGGCGCACACAGUGGACAGAUUCCGCGACAGUGGACUCGGUUCAAGUCUACAGGUUUCACCUUCAAUUGAUCCAUCAACUGUAAGCUCUAGUGCCGAAACCAGGACUGUACAGUUGCCACAGACCGAUGCUCCAAGAAAGAGCUGGAAUCUUAUUGCUGGACUGCAGGAAACGCUUGCUAAAAUAUCGCUCUCACGUGGGAAGGAGAGAGACACGAGAUGAACUUACAGCAUGCUAGCUCAUCAAGUAGAACAUAAUCAAGGCAGCGUUUAAACGCCUGGCUAAGUAAGGAAAUGUCGUAGGUUCGGUGGGUCAGGGGUUUCCUGGAUUUUCCUGGAUUUUGUGCCGGGGGGAAAUAGGACCGGAGAGUUCGUUAG